AUAGCUACUACUACAUACUGCUACUACAGCUGUGUGUGACAGUGACAUAGACACAGACAGGUCAGACAGCAAAAUAGAUAGGCUCCUCUUUCGUGGGGAUACAUAGUCUUUUUUGAAACUUCUUCUAAGUCAGGCGGAGACGAUGGACAAAGAAAGGUUCUGCCUCUUGCUGCUGGAGCCUGGUGAAACCUACUUUGAGGAUUUCAGUGGCAUUUGGUACCAGAAAGGUUCCAAAGACAGAACACAAGGUCGAAUGAAGUUGUGCUCCCGGUCUGUGGUGUUUGAGCCGAGAGACACCGCUCUACCCCUUACGAAGCUUCCUUUGCAAAGUUGCCCUUACGUGGUUCGAUCAGUCUCAAGUCUCACAGACAACAUUCGAGAUGGGAUUGAAAUUGAGUGUAAACAGGUAAUCCAGAUGUUUGAAGGCAAUAUCCUUGCUCCCUUCACAUUUUUGAAGACUACACGAUCUUUCAUAUUUGUGCCGACUUACAUGGAUGUUGAGCGUGUUUUAAGUCUACUUGGCCAGCUGCACAGAGCUGCAUCUCUUCCUUUGCAAGAUCACAAUAACAUGGUGGCUGCUAUAAUCUUUUCUAGGCAAGCCAGAUUCAAAUUUGAUCCGCAAUGGAUGGAAGACUUUUCAGAGCAAAUUAUAUUUGAAGAGACUGCAAACAAAGUUUCUCCCUUAGUUGUCAAUCCUGGCAGAGUUGUGCUAACCAACAGCAUCCUUUACUUCCAGCCUUUCAACAAUAUUGAGCAAACGACUGUUUUGAAAAUCAAAUUGUGUCACAUUCGAAAAGUGAUCAAGAGGAGAUUUCUGUUGCGCCACUUGGGCUUAGAAAUUGAGUGCUGUCACGAAAGCAGCGUGCCCCAAGUAUAUUUCAGUCUGCCAAAUGCGGACCAAAGAGACGCCUUUGUAGAUGCCUUGCAUUCUCAAGACCUCCAAUUAGACGACCUUAGGCAGGGUGAAAUGACCCUCAAGUGGCAAAAUGGCGUGAUUUCCAACUUUGAAUACAUUUCUUACUUGAACAGUUUGGCAGAUAGAAGUACCAAUGACCUGACCCAAUAUCCUGUUUUCCCAUGGGUUAUUACCGACUAUGAGAGUGAAAACCUGGACUUGAAGAAUCCUUUGAUCUUCAGAGAUUUAACAAAACCCGUCGGAGCACUCAACAACACAAGACUGCAGAAACUGCUGGACCGAUUUGAAGAAAUGGACCCUCCAAAGUUUCUAUACGGCUCCCAUUACAGUGCCCCCGGACUGGUUUUGUUUUAUCUGGUCAGGCAGCAUCCCCACUUGAUGCUGUGUCUGCAGAAUGGCCGGUUUGACCAUCCAGACAGAAUGUUCAACAGCGUGAAAGAUGUAUGGCGCAAUGUGAACUCUAACAUGUCUGACUUCAAAGAACUGACGCCGGAGUUUUACGAUCUGGAGCAAGAAGGCAAGUUCUGUACGAAUUUUAAUGGCAUCAAUUUUGGACACAGGCAUGAUGGGAGACGGGUUGGUGAUGUUGAACUUCCUCCUUGGGCAGAAAACUCUCCCAAGAAGUUUGUGGCUAAAAUGCGUGAAGCGCUAGAGAGUGAGACCGUUUCGUCAAAUUUGAAUCACUGGAUUGACUUAAUCUUUGGUUACAAGCAGACUGGAGAGGAAGCAUUGAAGGCUCAUAAUGUGUUUUACCCCAUGUGCUAUGAAGGCACAGUUGAUUUGGAAAAUGAGACUGAUUUUGGCAAACGCCACGCGCAAGAAGUCCAAAUUAUGGAAUUCGGACAGAUACCAAAAAAACUUUUUUUAGUUCCUCAUCCUCCUAAGCGUAAUCUGAGUCCUCAUCCCCCUUUGUUGGUAGAAAGGAAACCUGACGGUCAAAUUGAAGACCAGGUAAAGCUGUUUACUAUGAAAACGUUGGAAUGUCAGGAUAAGGUGCAACGAGCCCACAAAGACUUUGUGUCUAACAUGACUUUUUCCGGCGACCAUUUGUACUCUGUUGGACAUGAUGGCUGCCUUAAAGUUUUCAAAACAGAAGGGCUGGUGGUAGAACGUAGCGCCACCAUCUCCUCGCUGCCUCUCUCCUGCUGCCUUGUACCUCCGGGGGCCACCGCUGUCCUCUCUGGCUCCUGGGACAACAAACUCUACUCGUAUGAAAUGGAGUUUGGGAGAAAAUUUGAGCUACUGGCUGCGCAUGAGGACGCAAUUACGUGUCUUCAGUGGCAGCCUGGACUGCUGGCCACUGGUUCAUGGGACUGCUCAGUUCGCCUUUGGAGUGUAUGUGACGCCACCUUGGGCAAGCAAUCGCUCAGAGGACCUCAAGCUUACCUCUGUGAGCUUCCUCACGAAAACAAAGUUGCUUCCAUCAGUGUACAAAACAACAAACUCAUUUCCGGAUCCGCAGAGGAAGUGACACUUUGGGAUCUGAAUUCCUAUUCAGUGCUGCAAAAUUAUACCAGCCAUGAUGGUGAAGUGGUUAGCGUCCAAUUGGACCAUGAGGGCCGGCAAGCCCUCACUUGUGGAACUGACAACCUGAUUCGCCUUUACGACGUUUCUUCUGGGAUGGAGGUCUUUUGUAAAACCUUGCAACAGCAGCCAACACAUUUUGCCUGGAAUCACAAUCGCCUUGUGAUUGGUACUCUGGAUGGACUCCUGCUUGCCUGGGAUCUGCGUCAAGUCAAACAGAUUUCGCUGGUUCAGGCCCACACAGGUGCUGUGACUACAGUUGCAUUGAAUGAGAAUGCAGAUCUGGUUGCUUCAGGAGGCAAUGAUCGUGGCGUUGCUCUGUGGCGAUUUGCUCAGCUGUGAUUUCUACAAAAACACGUACAUGCUCAUUAUUGUGAUACUAACACCACAUUGCCAAAAUUUAUACUGAUUUUUUUAGAUUUUAAUCGAUAUUUUUCAUCAAAUUUAAAUGUACUCCAACAAACUACAAUAUGUAGUAACAUUGAUCCAAUUAAAUUGUGCCACGUAAAA